UUGUUUUUGUAUAGACAUAUUCAUGUGUAUACAACAUGUCAACAACAUACAUUGGCAAUAUAUGCACAUGCAUGCUCCAAGUUGCUAAUUAAACACUGAAUCUGAAAUCUGAAAUUAUGCCAAUCUAAAAACCUUUCGGCGGUAAAUUUUGAGUGAAUAAGACAAUGUAAAAUGACUAAGAUAAAAAAGUGUUAGGUGGGGUGAAAAAAAACAGAGAAUAAAAACCUCGCAAGCGAGGGAAGUGAUGAAUAACAGAGACAAUUGGUUAUAUUAGCUGUCACUCCCAUCUUUCAUAUUCCUUCACCAUCUCUCUCUCUCUCGAUCUUGUGAACCACUACACACACUAACACAAUGAGAGAGAUCCUUCACAUUCAAGGUGGUCAAUGCGGUAACCAGAUUGGUUCCAAGUUCUGGGAAGUCAUCUGCGACGAGCACGGCAUCGAUUCCACCGGACGUUACAGUGGAGACACUGCAGAUCUCCAGCUUGAACGUAUCAAUGUCUAUUACAAUGAAGCUUCAGGUGGAAGAUACGUUCCUCGUGCUGUUCUUAUGGAUCUUGAGCCUGGUACUAUGGAUAGUAUCAGAUCCGGACCGUUUGGUCAGAUCUUCCGUCCUGAUAACUUUGUCUUUGGUCAGUCUGGUGCUGGUAAUAAUUGGGCUAAAGGUCAUUACACUGAAGGUGCUGAACUUAUUGAUGCUGUUCUUGAUGUUGUUCGUAAAGAAGCUGAGAACUGCGAUUGCCUUCAAGGGUUUCAGGUGUGCCAUUCGUUGGGAGGAGGCACAGGUUCAGGAAUGGGAACACUAUUGAUAUCGAAGAUCCGAGAGGAGUAUCCAGACAGAAUGAUGCUCACUUUCUCUGUUUUCCCAUCUCCUAAAGUCUCUGACACAGUCGUUGAGCCUUACAAUGCAACUCUCUCUGUCCAUCAGCUUGUAGAGAACGCUGAUGAAUGCAUGGUCCUCGACAAUGAAGCUCUCUACGAUAUCUGCUUCCGUACCCUCAAACUCAGCACUCCUAGCUUUGGAGACUUGAACCAUUUGAUCUCCGCAACAAUGAGCGGUGUGACUUGCUCCUUAAGGUUCCCCGGACAACUAAACUCUGACCUCAGGAAACUCGCGGUGAACCUAAUCCCAUUCCCUCGUCUCCAUUUCUUCAUGGUGGGUUUUGCGCCCCUCACUUCCCGUGGCUCGCAACAAUACAUCUCACUCACCGUUCCUGAGCUGACUCAACAAAUGUGGGACUCCAAAAACAUGAUGUGUGCAGCUGAUCCACGUCACGGACGUUACCUCACAGCCUCUGCUAUUUUCAGAGGACAGAUGAGCACAAAAGAAGUCGACGAGCAAAUCCUAAACAUACAGAACAAGAACUCGUCUUACUUCGUUGAGUGGAUCCCAAACAACGUGAAAUCCAGCGUUUGUGAUAUCCCACCAAAGGGGCUCAAAAUGGCGGCGACGUUUGUGGGUAACUCGACGUCGAUUCAAGAAAUGUUCAGGAGAGUGAGUGAGCAGUUCACGGCUAUGUUUAGGCGUAAAGCGUUUCUGCAUUGGUACACAGGAGAAGGAAUGGACGAAAUGGAGUUUACGGAAGCUGAGAGCAAUAUGAAUGAUUUGGUCGCUGAAUACCAACAGUACCAAGAUGCUACUGCUGAUGAGGAAGGUGAGUAUGAUGUUGAAGAAGAAGAGGAGGGAGAUUAUGAGACUUGAUCCACCAAAUCAAACAUUUUACUUAAAAGACAAGGAAACGACUCUUGGAAAUCUCUCUAUUUAAAUUUGAUUGAAAAACAUUGAAAAAAUGGGAAAUUUGUUUAAAUGUGUUUUUUGUUUGAGUAAUUUGUUCAAAGAAAGUUUGAAGUUUCCAUUUAUUUUGGGUGUCUUGUAUUUUCCAUUUGAGAUAAUACGUCCUUGCUUCUCAAGCUACUGUGUAGUAUAUAAAUUUUACACUUCUCUCAAUUGUCCCACAUCGAGUAAAUUAGUAUAAAGGAAGCUAAACUUUUGCCUCUAUAAAUAAAGAUACUUCA